CUUGAUGCCCCGCUGUUUGUGACUUGGUACCAGUGUGUGGUUACAGUCGUAUGUAUUUACUUCCUGAGUUUUAUUGGAGACAAAUAUCCACAGAUUGAGAAAUUUCCUGCAUUUUCAAUUGACUUCAAAGUUUCAAGACAGGUAAUAUAACAUGGUGGUGAUGCGUAUGUGAAUUUAGAUUGCCAACAAAUAACCACUUUUUCUUGUGGCAAAUCUCAGUACAGUUAAAUAUUCAGCAAUAACCACAGCCAGCCGAAAAUAUAAAGAAAAACAAAUUUCAAAUAAUAAUUGAGCCCCAAUGCACCCAACUUAUUUUUUUACUUGUCUAAUACCAGAUGAUUUUACUCAUCAAUGGGGAGGCUCUGCAGCUUAAUGGGUUAAUACAAGACAAGCAUUUGAAACAGCAGCGCCAACAACCAAGCCGCUUUGUUCAGAAAAACCUGUUUAUAUGAUGGUAACCUUUACUGAAAAUUGACACAUGAGUUGCAUCUUAAUUUGUGUUGUGUAUCAUUCAAUAGAUCUUGUCUCUUUCUGUGGUAUUUGUUGGUAUGAUCACAUUCAACAAUCUUUGUCUCAAGUACCUUGGCGUCUCGUUCUACAAUGUUGGUCGUUCAUUAACAACUGUAUUUAAUGUGGUAAGAUGAGUUUAACAUUAUAGGUUGAAUUAGGUUCCUCUAGGGGUGAUGCAAGUUCUCUAGAUAGUCACUCUUCCUGUUGCCCUUUAGUUACCAAAAUGAACAUGAUAUACCAAACAUUUUGUGAAUUUUUAUGUAGCUUGCUAACAUAUUCCAACCCUUCAUUAACUGAAAAUUUUCAGUUCUCAAUUUUUUUCAUUCAUGUUGAUGGUUACUGGAAAUUUUUUAUUAAGACAUUCUCUUCAAUAAGCCUCCCUCUCAAAUAACUCUCACUCUAAUCAACACCCUCCUCCAAUAAACCCCUCUCCAAUAACACUCACUCUAAUCAGCACCAACAAUCUUCUCUGAUUAGUCCACCUCCCCAAUAUGUCCCCUUUCCAAUAAUUCCCUAUUUGAAUAAGCCACACUAUCCAAAAAGCCACCCUCUCCAGUAAGCUCCCAAUCCUUACCCCUCUCCAUUCAACACCAAUUAGCCCCCUCUCCAUUGUGCCCUUCUCUCCAUUAAACCCCCUCUCCAAUAAUCCUCCUCUCCAAUAAACCCCCUCUCCAAUAAGCUCCCCUCUCCAAUCAACACCCUUCUCCAGUAAGCCUUCCUCUCCAUUGAGUCCAUCUCCAUUAAACCCACUCUACAUUAAACCCCCACUUCAAUAAACUCUCUCCUCAUCAAUAAGCCCUUCUCAAACAUGCCAGAAUUAAUACAGUAAGCUAUCUCCAUCUACCAUCUAGAUGUUUACAUUUGUCGUGCUUGGUGUAAGGACCUCGUUGAAAGCCGUUGCUUGUUGUGCUGUUAUAAUCUGUGGCUUUCUACUUGGUGUUAAUCAAGAAGGGAAUUCGG